AUGUCGGCGGCGUCGGCGGCGCCAGCGCAGGCUCCAAGGAAAUGGGAGGGACUAGUGGACGAGGCGCUCGAGAGGGAGGUGCUGGGAGCGUGCCUGGACCAGGCCCCCGAGCGCCGCCGCAUCCGCGAGGCUUUCAAGAACGUGCAGCUCAGCAUCGACCAUUGCCUCUUCAAGGGACAAUAUAGUGGCAUCGGAACCAAGGAGUCAUAUGAGCGUAACUCUAGGGGGGUGGAGAUUUUCUCAAAAUGCUGGUUUCCGGAGAAUCGUCGCAUGAGAGCAAUUGUUUGUCUUUGCCAUGGUUAUGGAGACACGUGUACCUUUUUCCUUGAUGGAGUUGCUAGGAAGAUUGCUUCAGCUGGAUAUGGAGUAUUUGCACUGGACUACCCUGGCUUCGGUCUUUCAGAAGGACUUCAUGGAUAUAUUCCAAGUUUUGAUACUCUUGUUGAUGAUGUAGCUGAACACUUUUCUAAGGUCAAAGGAAAUCCUGAAUAUAGAGGCCUCCCGAGCUUUCUGUUUGGUCAAUCUAUGGGUGGAGCAGUUGCAUUGAAGGUUCACUUCAAGCAACCAAAUGAAUGGAAUGGUGCAAUACUGGUUGCACCCAUGUGCAAGAUAGCAGAUGAUGUGGUUCCACCUUGGCCCAUUCAGCAAGUUCUAAUUUUUAUGGCCAAACUUCUGCCAAAAGAAAAGCUUGUUCCUCAAAAGGAUUUAGCUGAGUUGGCAUUCAAAGAGAAGAAGAAACAAGAGCAGUGUUCUUUCAAUGUGAUUGCCUACAAGGAUAAACCACGUUUGCGAACAGCUCUGGAGAUGCUGAAAACGACACAAGAGAUAGAAAGGCGUCUGGAAGAGGUUUCUUUGCCCUUGAUCAUCUUGCACGGUGAGGCUGAUUUGGUUACUGACCCAGCGGUUAGUAAGGCUCUGUAUGAGAAAGCUAAGAGCCAAGACAAGAAGUUGUGCCUCUACAAAGGUGCAUAUCACGCUAUCUUGGAAGGUGAACCGGACGAGACAAUAUUCCAAGUUCUCGAUGAUAUCAUAUCUUGGCUCGAUCAGCAUUCCACAAGAGAAGAAGGUAUGUCGUCAUGA